UGCAGACUUUGAGUUCUUAGCACGCCAUCAAGCACAAUGUCGAAAAUCGAACGACCCACAACUCUUGGAGACAGCAAUAGCAAUAGCAACAGCAAUAGCAACAGCAACAGCAACAGCAAUAGCAACAGCGACUGCAAUUGCAACUGCCACAACUCCAAAAUGGGAAAGGAUAAUUUUGGAUCCGAUACCAAAUCAGACCGACCUGCAACCCGAGGCGAUACAAGUUACAACUCUGGCCUAGGUAAGGAAAGCCAAGGACGACCACCUACAAGUUUCAAUUCCUCGGGUAUUAGUAAGAUUAAUUCCGGGUUAGAUAAGAAGGAGACAGAAGACAAGGCUUCAGGAACUAGGGAAACUUCAGGACGUCCAGCCACCCGAGGAGAUACAUCUUUCAAUUCCUCUGGUGCUGAUAAGGAUAAUUCUGGGUCCGAUAAGAAGGACCAAGAAACAUCAGGACGCCCAGCCACACGAGGUGUUGAUAAGGACGAAGGCAAGGAUCGACAAACCUCAGGACGUCCAGCUACGCGAGGAGAUACUCUUAACUCCUCUGGUGCUGAUAAGGACAGUUCUGAGUCCGAAAAGAAGCAGAACGAAGGCAAGGAUCGAGAAACCUCAGGACGGCCAGCCACACGAGGCAAUGUGGGAAAUUCGAAGUCCGACACGGAGAAGGAGAAGUCAGAGGACAAGGAUACGUCAAAGCGACCAGCAACCGGCUACACUCCUUCAGGUCUCGGGAAGGACAACUCCGGGUCCGACUCGAAGGACUCCGAGGACAAGGCAGAUAAGAACAAGAACCAGGAAACACCGGGCCGCCCUGCCACGAGAGGAAACCUGGGCCUCGGCAAGGACGCCACCGGGACCGACUCGAAGAAGGACGAGAAGGCCGAUGGAAACAAGAGUCGCUUCGAGAUCAGCCAGGGCUCCAACGGCAACAAAACCAGCGUAGGGUCAGACAAAACUAGCUUUGGCGGAAGGAAGUAGAGACUAACGUUAUCUAACCCUUAAAUAUUUCCACUCUGGCGUCAAGAAACAGGAAGUGGUUUUCUUUCUCUCUGCACUCCGAGGGCAUCAAGAAAUAGACAGAAGUAGAUAAUUUGCUCUCGGGACUCAAGGAAGCCAUGGGAUAGAUAGGAUGGGGAUUCCUGCAUUUGCACACUCCACUGACGCCAAGAAGAUCAGCUUUCUAUGAUAUUGCACGGAGCUGAUUGCAUAAUAUAUUAAUAAAGAGAUUUACAGACUGUACAGCUUAUAUUCACCCUCUCCUCUUUUGAAAUGCGUUACGAAUUUAACAUUUUAGUUUUUACUCUAUAAAUUUGUUAAUAUCCAUAAUAGUACUGAAAAUACAUCUUUACCUACCCAUGAAAUGUAUAGAAACUAUGAAAUAAUCCAAGUAUAUGUAUGAGUAAAUACAUAUAUGUGUGUGUGUGUCUAUCUAUCUAUCUAUCUAUCUAUCUACCUAUCUAUAUAUCUAUAUCUAUCUAUCUA